AUGCGCACCCUGAGAGCCGACGAACCCGAGGCCAACGAGCCGCUCAUUACCGGCGAUGCCGCAGCGCUGCCGGACCCGGAGGACUACGACGCCGAGUUUGAGGAAGAGGUGGUAGAUGAGAGCGCGCUGGCAGCUCCGGGACUGUUCAUCUGGGCCCUCACAUUCUCUGCCGGCGUCAGCGGACUGCUGUUCGGAUACGACACCGGCGUGAUAAGCUCGACGCUCGUCAGCGUGGGCACCGAUCUCUCUGCCCGUACUCUCGAUACUCUGGACAAAUCCCUGGUUACGUCUGCCACGAGCCUCUUCGCCCUUAUGGCGAGUCCGGUCACUGGUGUGCUUGCGGAUGCUUGGGGCAGGAAGACAGUUAUCUUGGUGGCCGAUGUGCUGUUCAUUGUGGGCGCGCUUGGACAAGCAUGGUCGACGACAGUCUGGGGCAUGAUAUUGGGGCGAAGCAUUGUCGGAUUGGCAGUGGGCAGCGCGAGUUUCGUCGUGCCACUGUAUAUUUCAGAAUUGUCUCCGUCUCCUUUCCGCGGCCGCCUCGUUACGGUGGCCAGUCUGUUUAUCACCGGCGGCCAAGUGGUUGCGUACAUUGUUGGCUGGCUCUACUCCACUACGCCGCAUGGCUGGAAAUGGAUGGUCGGUCUCGGGGCUCUACCAGCCAUCAUCCAAUUCAUGACGUUAGGAUUUAUGCCUGAGACGCCGCGCUGGCUCGUCAAAGCCGGCCGGAAAGAGCAAGCCCGUCGUGUGUUGAGAAAAGUCUACAGCGUGCCACCUGAUCAAAGCGACAAGCUCACCGAGAGCCUUGUCCGGCAGAUUGAGAGGGAAGUCCUAGAAGAGGAGGAAGCCGCUAACAGUAGGCGCAACUCUAAUAUCCCCAAGCGUGGGCUGGAAGCCAAACUCGCUGCCGUCAAUGAUGGAUUCGGGGAACUAGUGGCAGUCGGCGGCAACAGGCGCGCACUCAUCAUUGCCUGCAUGCUUCAAGGAUUUCAGCAACUCUGUGGAUUUAACAGUUUGAUGUAUUUCUCGGCGACAAUAUUUGCGCUGGUGGGCUUCCGCUCGCCGACAUUGACGAGCUUAUCCAUCGCCCUGACAAACUUCCUCUUCACGCUCGUGGCGUUCCACUCUAUUGACCGGAUCGGCAGGCGCCGCAUAUUGCUCUACUCUGUUCCCAUCAUGGUAGCUGGCUUGGCGUUGUGUGCUGUUGCGUUCAACUUCUUGGAUUUACCGGGCGAUGAGGCUGCCGUGCAUGAUACAGCAGAGGCCUCACAAGGCGGUGCCUGGGCUGCGAUCAUCCUCGUUGCCAUGAUCGUCUACGUCGCCGGCUACGCUGUGGGAAUGGGCAAUGUGCCAUGGCAGCAAUCCGAACUCUUCCCCCUCUCCGUCCGCUCGCUCGGCUCCGCUCUCGCUACAGCCACCAACUGGGGUUCAAACUUCCUUAUUGGCAUUACUUUCUUGCCCAUGAUGGACGGCCUGACGCCCGUGGGCACGUUUGCACUCUACGCGCUUGUGUGCGUCGCUUGCUGGGUCACGGUGUGGCGCAUCUAUCCGGAGACGGCGGGACUGGGGCUCGAGGAAAUGUUCGCCAACACCAAGAUCUUCGCCAUCACACUCCUCGCAGCGAGCUUCCCCGUUGCUGUUCUUGCCGAAGAACCACAUUGCGAAACAUCGAGUGGCAGUCCCGACACUGGAUCUGUGACAGACGUCAUCAACGAAGCUCGUGGAAAAGACGGUAACCACCAGAACUUGAACGCGUUUGGCAGUCACUGCACAAACGUUGUCGAGCACAACGAAGCAGCUAUCGCUCUCUGCGGCGACACCAUCCCUCUUAGCGGUGCUGAGGUCGCUUCUAUGGCCAACGAUAUUCAGCAGACGUCUGUCGCCGGAUGGAAGGGUCGGCGGCUGGGUUAG